GCCACUAGGGGCCCCCGGGGGGCCCCCAGGGGAACAGCCCCAGCUUGCGGCAGACAAUAAUGGAGACACAGGGGGCGUCCUGCCCCUGGGGGCCCCCCCGGGGGCCCCCUUGGGGGCCCCCCUGGGUACUCUAUCUCUAGGGGCCCCCUGGGGGCCCCUGCCGCUAGGGGCCCCUGAGGGGCCCCCCAAUGCAGGGGGCCCCUCGGCAUUCGCAGCUGAGAAAAAGGGUACAGGAAGUGUUUUAAAAGGGACAGAAGGGGCUUGCUACUUCAGUGGGGACUCUGCUGCUGCAGCUGCUGCAGGUGGGUGCAGCAGCAACGGGAGCAGCAGCAGCAGCAGCAGCAACAGCAGCAGCAGCAGCAACGGCGGCGUCUCUGUGGGCGAUGAUAUGCCUCAAAAUGGAAGCACGGGGGACUGCAGCAGUGGGGGCAGCAGCAGCACUUUCAUCAGCAGCAGCAGCACCAAACUCCUGGGUAGCAGCAUUAUACAGAGGAGCAGCAGCUGCAGCAGCAGCAGCAGCAGCAGGCAGCAAGAGUGGCGCUGCAGAAGCCGGCUGCUGGCACUUCAAAUCAGCGAAGCUCUUGGUCUUGAAGAGCCUUCGGGGGCAUUUGCUGCUGCUGCUGCCAGUGCUGCUGCAGCAGCAGCAGCAGAAGAUUGUUGCGCUGCUGAAGCUGCGGCAGAGAGAGAGGCACAAUCGACGCCGCCGACCGCUCUUUCUGCUGCUGCUGCUGCUGCUGCUGCUGCUGACCCUCCGGCUGCUGCACUGGAAGACACAGCGCCCAGCGCGGCUGGGAGUUUGUCUCCUGCUGCUGCUGCUGUUGCUGCUGCUGGCUCUGCAGCUGCUGCCUCGAAGCAGCCUCACUCUCUCCCCUUUUACCCGAGUGCUGCUGCUGCUGCAGCAGCAGCAGCAACAGCAGCAGGGGCCCCUUCUGCUGCUGCAGAGAUUGCAGAAGGGGGGGCCCCUUUUCCUCCGCAGAAAGAGCAGCAAAACCUCCAACCUCCAAACACCCCCAGCCGGUCCGGUUCGCGUCGGCGAUGA